GUUCAUUUCUCAUUCGAAUUUUUGACGUUCGGUCGAGUCAACGAGACGAUUGAGUUCAUUUGGUGACCCUGUAAUUUAUUCCUUAUCUUUCCAAGAGUUCCCCUCUUGCUUUAAUUCUUUUCUUGAUGUUGGACAAGAUGAAUGAUAGCACAGUUCCCGUGCAGAUGAACGGCGAAUCUCUGGAAAACGGCACAGAUCACAACAUGAAGACAAAUUUGAUCAUCAACUACCUACCGCCUUCGAUGAGCGAAGGGGAACUCAAAAACUUAUUCGGUGAAUUCGGAACCGUGUCGAGCUGUAAACUCGUACGGGACAGAGUAUCUGGCAACAGCCUUGGUUACGCGUUCGUAAACUAUGAGGAACCUGAUCAGGCAGCAAAAGCGGUCAGGGAAUUAAAUCGGCUGCGAGUUCAGACCAAGAAUAUCAAAGUGAGUUAUGCUCGACCCUCAUCAGAGGACAUAAAAAAUGCCAAUCUGUACAUUAGUGGACUACCAAAGGCAAUGAACGAGGAACAGCUAGAGGCACUCUUUCAUAAAUAUGGUGAGAUUAUAACAUCAAAAGUUCUCAAAGACGAAAACUCCGUCAGUCGUGGUGCUGGAUUCGUUCGUUUUGACAAGCGCUCUCAAGCGCAAGCUGCGAUCGACGCGUUGAAUGGCGCGCAGAUUCCGGGUGUAAGUCCCUCGGAAUCUUCUAAACUGACCGUGAAGUUUGCCAAUCCUCCGAGCAACAAGCCUCAGAUUCCGUUUGCCUUUCAGUCACCAAUCGGUCUUACUCCGCCGCAAAUUCGUGGAAAUGCAAGAUCACCGUUCAGCGCUAGCGGAGUAGGGCCUCUGUACCACCAAGGCGCGAAUUUUCGCUACUCGCCGCUCACGUUUCUUCAAAGCCCAAACAACAACACCUUUACUCCGAACGCUCUUGUCCCCGGCAGUUACUGUGUUUUCGUCUAUGGCUUACCGUCAGACAAGGACGACGGAGGAACGACGAAAGUUGACCCAGAGAAGCUUUUGUACAAACUAUUCGCUAAAUACGGUGCAAUUUCUGACGUGCGCGUGAAGAAAGGCCAGAAUUUUGGCUUCGUUAACAUGCAAAACUAUGAUGAUGCUCAACAAGCGAUCGCCGGUCUACACGGACACCGAAUAGCUGGACACGAGGAUAAACCUCCUCUUCAAGUAUCGUUUAAGACGCCGAACGUCAAGAAGCAAUAAAAAUGGGAGCACUUUGACAAACUUGAAUCAUUCGCCGAACAUUCACACGAGCCAGAGUGCCAACAAAGAUGGCGAGUCGAACUAGUCUCGCCCUUCCUUCCGCCCCACGUCAAGCUUGCUAUCAAAGCUUUGAUUUUUUUUCCUCUUUUCGUAUUUUUCCCCUAGUUUUCGUUUGAUCUUUUAAUCAUAGCCCAGGUUAGGGAAAGCGAUAUUUGCUGUUUGGCAAGGUGCUUUCUUCCGUUAAAAAUAGUUGGAAAAUUUAGAUUUUACUUUGACUUUGUGUGUUAAUUAGAAAGGUAAAUAGAGUCCGUCUAUAUGAGGUAUACCGGAAUUCUCAGAGAUCAACCAAAUUUUUGACCAAUUCUUGAUAAUAUUUUAGGCAGGAUCUUAAUUUAAGUGCACUGUUUGUUUGGUAAUUCGAGCUAUUUUCUCGAUAGAAACUUCUUAGUUUUUGUGAGACCAUGUUCGUAGGUGUUUUGACAGUUCGGCAUAAUAGCACCGGUCUUCGAUUUCUUUGGUUGAAUCCUUAUUUACUUUGCUGUAUUUUUGAUUUGUCGUUGCGAUCGUUCUUUCCGUUUUGGAUUGAGCAUUUCUACGAUCAUCUCAGUUUUGUUUUCAUUAAAUUUUUCUUCUGUUUUUCGUCGUGA